UUUUUUAUUGUAAUCUUAUAAUUUUGACUUUUUAACACCUCUGAAUCAGUUGAAACAUCUCCUUAGAGCCCACACAGUUGGCAGCAGUCAGCACACUGCUUUCGGUAUGCGUUGUCAAUGGUUGUAACAGUAUUCGUGAUUUGAUCAUCAUAAAGGUGGAAGCUGGUACCCUACCUGCUUUACCACAUUGAAGACGAAUUGUCCAUUGUCUUUGAAGUUUGUGGAAGAUGCUUAUGAAACGUCUCUUUUCAUCUUCACAUGUCUUUUCCUCGUCCUCCGCUUCUUCGAAUUUGCUUAAAAUCGGAAGCGUUUUGAAGCAAGCUAGGACAUUUGCAGAUGAUGAUGUUCUUGGUUAUUCUAAGCUGACCCAUGACGCCAAUCCAUUGCACUUUGAUGCUGAAUGCGCCAAGAAUGCUGGUUUCACUGACUGCCUUGUUCCUGGGAUGCUUGUUGCUUCCUUAUUUCCCAGGAUUAUUGCUGCCCAUUUUCCAGGAGCUAUCUAUGUUUCACAAACUUUGCACUUCAAAUUACCUGUUUAUAUAGGAGACGAGAUCAUUGCUGAGGUACAGGCAGUAAGCAUCAGACAAAUCAAAAACAAGUACAUCGCAAAGCUGUCAACAAAAUGUAUCAAACGUGAUGGUCCUCUGGUUAUAGAUGGUGAAGCAACAGCAAUGUUACCAUCUCUGGUCAUGGAACCACCAAACUUGGAAAUUACUUCCAGCUAAUCGGUAACACCUUUGCUUGUCAGUUAAAACAUUCUAGAGCUGCACGAGCUUCUCUUAAGAGAAAUACGAAGGGAAUUUCCCUGCGUAUUGCCUGGAUCAUUUGCAUCAACAAGUUCUACAGCAUAGAUGUCAUUCAGUUCAAAGUCUUUUAAGUUUUCCUAGUGAUUAGCAAAUGCUCAUACUUUGUUCUUACUGAUCGAUGUUAGAUUUGACUCUGGUACUUGCUGCCAAACAAAUGUCCUUGCACUAAAACUGUCAUUUGAGCAUAAAAUCUUUAUGGAGUCUUGAAUUUCGAUUCCUUUUGACUCCACCCAAUAGAGAUAUAUUCUGCGUA